GUUCUCGCGAGAUUUCAUUCAGUUGUAAUGCCACGUCUUAUUCACAGCUAGCACAAGUCCCAUUGUAAAGUGGAAUAUUAGCGCUUCAGUCCCACGGAGUUGGCUGUGCAGAAAAUAUUAUCUAGUGGGCACACAGGCAAAUUUAUCUGCAAACUUUGUUGUUAACAUGGGCCAUACACAUCUGCUGGUACUGACAAUAGCCACAUCGUCGAUACUGCUGUUUGCCUCUCAGUCUGCCGUCGCGCACAGCCAUUCCCAUGGAGACCAUCACCACGGACACGGCCAUCACCACGGACACCAUCACCAUGGACACUCACAUGGUGACCACGAUCACCAUGGACAUGCAGAUGAGCCUCAGGUGAAGAUGUUCCACGGAGCGAGCAAAUGGAGCGCAGAGGCCAAUGUCCCCACAGAGGAGGAGCAUCACGGACACGCCCACUCACAUGACCAUGGACACGCCCACUCACAUGACCACGGGCACGCCCACUCACAUGACCAUGGGCAUCACCAUGGUGAACACCAUGGGCACAGUCAUGAAAAUAUUGUCCGCGUGCACAAAGAGAGUGGACAUGGACACUCACACGGUGACAGGAUGGAGGGUCAAGGAGACAAGAGGGACUUAGUCGAGCUCUGGACUCAGGCAGUGGGUGCCACACUGCUGAUCAGUGCAGCUCCGUUCCUGAUCCUGUUCUUGAUCCCAGUCCAGUCCAACAGUGACCAGCACCAGAACCUGCUCAAAGUACUUCUCAGUUUCGCCUCCGGAGGCCUGUUGGGAGAUGCUUUCCUCCACCUCAUCCCACACGCUCUGGAGCCCCACUCACAUCAUGGAGAAGAUCAUGGACACUCGCAUCAAACUGAAGAGCACGGACACUCUCACGGAGCAGCCCAUGGUCACAUGAUGUCAGUGGGUCUGUGGGUUCUGGGUGGGAUCAUCGCAUUCCUGGUCGUGGAGAAGUUUGUCCGUCUGGUAAAAGGAGGCCACAGCCAUGGACACUCUCACAGCCACUCACACGCUGCUCCAAAAGACAAAGACAGUGAUGGAGAAGAGGAGAAGGAAAAGAAGGAUGCCAAAGGGAAUGAAGACAAAAAGCCAGCCGUCAAGAAGGAGCAGAAAAGUACAGAUAUCAAGGUGUCUGGUUACCUAAACUUGGCAGCAGACUUCACACACAAUUUCACAGAUGGCUUGGCAAUCGGGGCGUCAUUCUUAGUCAGUCCAGCAGUGGGCGCAGUCACCACACUCACGAUCCUGCUUCACGAGGUCCCACAUGAGAUUGGAGACUUUGCCAUUCUGGUUCAGUCUGGAUGCACCAAGAAGAAGGCGAUGUGUCUGCAGCUACUUACAGCCGUGGGUGCUCUGGCUGGGACCGCCUGUUCUCUUUUAGCUGAAGGAGUAGGAGCCGCGGCCACUGCCUGGAUCCUGCCCUUCACCGCAGGGGGCUUUGUCUACAUCGCCACGGUAACAGUGCUCCCCGAACUGUUGGUGGGUCGAGCCAGUUUUGGACAGUCCCUCAUGGAGAUACUGGCUCUGCUGUUUGGAGUAGGCAUGAUGGUGCUGAUUGCUGAAUAUGAAUGAAAAUCACAUUUCAAUGUAAAGGAACUGGCUUGAGCUGGAAGUGGGAGAUGUUUAGAAAAAUGUAUAAUAUCGUAAUAGUCGUUUUGGAGAGACACAAAAUGUGUACGUUGGGCGGCAAGAUAAAUCACAAUUGGAAAAUUUUAAAGGCUGCAAUUUUUGAAGUACCAUAAUUUCCUCCACAAAUGGCAAAACAUCCUGUCUUAUUCUGCAUAAAAACUGCUUGCCCUAUAUCUUAUAUCUGUACAAACAUGUUCUGAAAUAUGAUUUUAUCAGUUUUUCAGUUCAUAUUUCCCUUUUUUGUCAGUUCUCCUGGACGUGUUUAAAAUGUGAACUUUUUAUUCUUAAAACCAUUAUAAAUAUUGACCCUAAAAAUGGAUGGUUCCAUCAACUUAUAGGGGUAAAAAUUUGAAUAUCAAGUACAUUUAUCUAUAGUUAAAACAAUUAAUAAAUUACCUCAAAAAGACAGAAACAUCUGUUGUAAUCUCCCAAAUGAGGGUUUAAAGUGAUAUUUCUAUACGGUCGUGACUAAUUUUAUGGUCCGUUCCUGUUUUCAUUGAUACUUGAACCUCAACAAAGACAUCUACAGACAUUCCUGAUGCAUUGUUAAAAUAUUGUUUUUGAGAUAAUGCAACAGAAGAAAAUUCAGCUGCCCACCUCUAGCUGGGACGUAACAUACAAGGUCAAACGGUUGAAAUAAAACAUAGUUUCUUUUGCUUUUGAGAAUCGUGAAAUAUUUUUACAAUUUUUUUUUUAUGUUGUAUUUUGUGACAAUUUUUUCAUUUUUUGUUUUUCCUAUUGGCACGUACAGUACUUCUAUUUUAGGGAAAAUGUAAAAAAAAACUCCUGUGUCCAAACAUGCACUCUCAAGGGAUGUACUCAUUUCACUGAUCGCAAGAAAGUCUGUAAAAAAUACUGUUGAAUUUUAUUUGGUAAUAUUAAAAUAUAUGUAUUUUACAUUCCAUAGAAUAAAAAAAUAUAA